AUGGAUUCAGAAACAUUUGUAACCAUCGGCACCCCGCAACCGGAGGACGCCAAAGACGUGGGCGCAAAAGAUCGCAACAAAGUCCUGCCGAUCCAUCUCCAGGAACCCCGCGAUGAGCAAGGGCGGAAAAGGUUCCAUGGCGCGUUCACGGGCGGGUUCUCGGCGGGGUAUUUCAACACGGUGGGUUCCAAAGAAGGAUGGACACCAUCCCAGUUCGUCUCGAGCCGGUCCUCCCGUCCCGAAGCGCGCAAUGCGUCCCAACGCCCCGAAGACUUCAUGGACGAAGAGGACAUGGCAUCCCUCACCGCCAACCAGCAAAUCGCGGCAACGGAGGAAUUCGACAUCCUGGGCGGCACCGCGCGGGAACUGGCACGGCGCAAAGCGACGGUGAAUGCUGUGGAGAGGGAUGGCAGCGCCGCGCCGAUGGCGUUACCGGCGGCGCUUGUGGAGGAUCUGAUUGGUCCGUCGAAGGACCCGAUUGGGAAGAAGCUGUUGAGGCAGAUGGGGUGGAGGGAGGGGCAUGGGGUUGGGCCGAGGGCGAGGCGGAGGAGGAGGGGUGAUGGGAAAGAGGAUAUCUACGCGACGGAGCACCUAUUUGCACCCAAGGACGUGACGGUCGACACGCUGAAGCCGAAAGCAGAUCACUACGGGAUCGGGUUCGAUCCGUACGAAAACGCGCCCGAAUUCGCACACCUCAAAAAGAGCGCGGCCACGAAGCCGAGCAGCGAGGCCAAACCCGCAAAACGGAGCGGGUUCGGCGUCGGCGUGUUCGAGGACGAGACGGAGGAUCUGGAUGUCUAUGGGUCGUCGGGGAUGGCGACGUAUGAUAUGAUUAUUGAUGAUGAUGAGGACGAGCGGGUGUUUAUGAGGCAGAAGUUUGGCGCUGCAAGGACAAGCGAUGGUGGGAGUGGAGAUGCGCCAUCACGGAAGACGACGGGGCUGAAUACGGAGUUUUUGGAUAUUUAUUCGGGACUGUGUAAUGAUGGGAGACCACCGCUGGAGGGGUAUGCCCCUCCUGACGUGCCAGCCGACUUUGUCCCAUUACACAAGUUCCCACCUCCAUCCGCGACACAACCUGCCGCACCAACAAGCACAACCGAGUGGCAGGGACGCCAGCAAUCCCAAACACACAGCGCAUUAUCCGCCGACGCCCGUCGCGACCUCCUCGGCGAAGAAGCCCUAAAAGCGCCUCAACGGUCGGUUUUCGCGUACUUACCCCUAAAAGAGCAGGACCGGCUUCAGGAAUACAUCAACAAAGCGAACAGGGGACGCGAAGAGCUCGCGAAACGGGAGACUGCGCAGAAUGCACCAGCGCCUAAUGAACCGAAGCUGGAUAAACAGACCGCGGAGGCUGCAUUGAAGGGGUUUAUGCCGUUUGGGAACGAUCCGCCGAAGCAGGGGAGGUAUAGACGGUUUUUGGAGGUGGCGGCGGGGAUGGCGACGGAGUAUGCCACCGUGCCAAAGGUGACGCAAGAUAUAUCCCACGAACGCCUCGAAUUCUCCAAAGCAGCCCAAAUCUUCAAACCCCUCUCCUCCAUGAUGGCCUCCCGCUUCACCUCCGCCACCCACACCAUCGAACCCGGUUUCGCCCCCUCCUCCAAAAACCUCACCACGCCCCAACCUAACGACACCCACCUCCAAAAAGAAGCAGCAGACCUUAACAUGUACGGCCGCCUAACCCGCUCCGUAAAAGAGUGGCGACCCGAGAAGCUGCUCUGCAAACGCUUCGGCGUCCCCGACCCGUACAUGAACGCGAAAAAGAAGGAGAAAGUAGAGGAUGAGAAGAAUGAGGUUGCGCGGGAUCGGUUGGUUGCGCGAGGUGGGCUGGGGAUGGGGAUGGAUCCGGGGCGGGCGGCGCUGAUUGGGGCUGCGUCUGAUGGGUCUAGCGAGAAAGUAUCUGCGACGCCGGAAACUGAGGCGAAGGAGACAUCUGCUUCGGCCGGGGAAGACGAGUAUGAGCGGCCGCCGAUGGAUAUUUUCAAGGCUAUUUUUGCGGACUCGGAUGAUGAGGUGGAGGAGGAGAGUGAUGAGGAGCGG